UAUUCACAAAACAACCUAAAGAAAAGCUCAGUAACUUCCUCUUGAUCCCUCUUCUCGUGAAGCAUGAAAUCUUUAACUCUUCUGCUUGUUCUUAUUUUCUUGUUGUCGCCAACCUCAGAAGCUGCAAUCACAUGCAGUGACGUAAUUGGCAACCUCAGGCCUUGCAUCAGUUACUUGACAAGUGGCAGCGGAAAGCCUCCUUCUCCAUGCUGCGCUGGAGUCUCAACUCUCUCGACCUCUGCAACUACUACUGCUGACAAACAGACUGCUUGUAACUGCAUUAAAAAUGCAUCAAAGAACCUCAAUGUCAAUACUGCGCUAGCACAAGCGCUUCCAAGCAAUUGUGGAGUUUCACUGCCUUUUACUGUCUCCCCUACCGUCGACUGCUCCAAGAUUACCUGAAUACGAAGCUGAGAGAUCUGCAUAAUCUGGACGGACCUGUCCCAAUAUAUAUCUAUAAACUUGGGAUAUACCCAUAUUUUCUACUGCUAUUUGCUUUACGGCUUGCUAUGAUAUAUGUAUAAUUUUUUGUUUUGGAUUAAAUAAAUGUUUCAUAAGGAACACUAGGAAGAAUUUUGUGUUUAUUUAUGUGAGAGCACUCUUUCCUUGUAUUAUGAAUAAAAUUAUAUCAUUUACAAUCA